GCGCCUUAUUCAGAAAUGUGUGAAUAUCCGAAGCGUACGGUCGGUGGCGGUUCAAAUUCGUUUCGUGUGUGGACAAAUUAGUUGAAAUGUGAAAUUUUUGUAAACCUCUUAUAGCGCUAUAUCCUAAACGAAAAAUAAAAACAAAAUAAAAAAGCGAUUCGAGAAAUAAACGCGUUUAAAAGCCUAAAAAUAUGCAAAGAAUUUUGUGGAAAAUGUGUUAAAAAAGUGAGCGCGCAAUAGAACGGGACUUACGAAAUUUUUUCUUGCUUCGCGCUUUCGGUCUCUUGCUUUUUCUUGUUUUUUCCGUGUGUUCUAAAGGACGAGCAGAAAUCAUUAAAUCAAUUAGGCCAAAGGAUAAAGAGCACACAACGUCGGCGGCAGAUGUGCACACAACAACACGCAUUAGAAAAUAUGUAGAAGAAAUGCAGAAGUUAAAAAACGUUGCAAACGCGCGUGAAAAUUAAGCAGAAACGCAAGUGAGUAAGUGAGGCCAAAACGUAGUUCGUAAGAAUAUAAAGCUAAAGAAAAAGCGCGCCCGCCGCAUACACGCUCACGUACACCAACACAAUUGUAUACGUAUAUACGCCCACAUAACGCGUAGCAGUGGUGAAUGAAAGUGAAAGCGAAAGCUGCUAAAUAGAAACGAAAUAAAAACGAAGUUAGCAAGAAGUUUGUGCUUUUCGUGAAACUCGAACGAAAACAAAUAUAGAGAAAAAGUAUAUGAGACGUAAAAAUAUAAUAUAUUUGUGAAAUAUUGCUAUUAUAUAUUAAAAAAAUUUAGCAUAACACGCGAAAAGUAGCGAAAAUUAACGAAAAAGUGUCUAACCAAAGCAUAUCAUUAGGCGCUUGUGGUAAGAAAUCAAGAAACUGCUUAAAACUGGACAACGACAUUCGCUUAGACUCGAGACGUGGUUAAUGCAACAAAAACCAGAAAAAACAGGCUGCCUUCAAAUGUCCUUAGCACGCGCUACAAAAUUUCAUUGGUUGCGCACGAAAGUAUGCAACGCGCUCAAUGAGAUGAAUUUUUAAAAAGCUGCACGAAAAUAAAAGACAAACUAGGUCAGUUUGCGUGUGAACACGGACGCGCGCGACGCCAACUAGUGAACACAAAAAAAAAAAGGCGCAUAAAAACAAAAGGAUACAAACAAGUGAAGUUUACAGGCAAAAGCGAACUAAAGAAUAAUAAAAGCGCAAAGAAGCAAGGUAAAAAGCAUGAAAUAAAAGGCCAGGCGAAAGCAAACUAAAACGAAAAGUGAAACAAGUUUUCCAAACAGAGCAAAACGAGCGUGCUCUUCGUUUAUGCAUGUAUGAGUGUAUGUGUGUGCGCGCGUGAGCUUGAGUGAGCCAAAGAGCCGCAGCAGCGUCUAUGUCCCGACAAAGUAAUCAACUAAAUAAAAUCGAUACGUGUCCAUGCAAAAUGUGUUAAAACGGAAUUCCAACGAUAGCAACUUUAACACAAACGAAAUUUAUUGAUUUUACGAAAUAAAAACAAUGCAAAGCAAAUUAAUGUAGUAGAACAAAAAAACAAAAACAAGUGCAACCAAACAUAUCAACAGUGCCACAAUAAGCGGAAAAUAGGUUAAUAGAAUCGAAUCAAAAAAUUACAAAAAGAAAAAAAAAAUUGAUGUAAAUGUAAGCUGGAUAAUAAAAAAGCAGAAGUUGGAAUAUUUUUAUUAUCAAAAACAAAAAAAAAAAAACAUUUAACUUCAAAAGGAACCAGCAAACAUAUCAGCAAAGCAAAUUUAAAACGAAAAAAGAGAAAUAAUUAAAUUAAAUGCUCCUGCCAUCACUUUGAUGAGGAACUUCAACUGAAAAUAUUAUUAAUUUUUUGUUUAACCUGCUCGAAAAAGUACAAAAAACAACACCAAUAAUUGCAAACAAUUGCAGCGCUAGCAACAACAACGACAGCAACCAUUUAUGUUAAGGCAAACAAACACAUAGAAAACAUAACGGCAAAUGCAUAUCUGUUUGAUUGUUUGUGCGAGCGAAUAAAAAGUUAUGCCUUUGCUGCAGCGCAUAAUAAUGCACAACAACAGCAAUGAAGUAAUAGCAACAACAAUAAUAUCAACUAUUACAACGAUAACAAAGCAAACAAAGGCACUUGAACGUCAGACAAAAAACCCAACGGAAUUCUAAUUGAAUGCAAAUGAAACGAACAACUUGCCGCGCAAGGGGGGAGAGCGAGCGUGCAGCAAAUUAAUACGAGCAGCAGACGACUGCAUGCAACACAAUUGCAAUAUAAAGUAAAUGUUGAGCGCGACAAACGGAAAUGUUGCAAUAAUAAUAAAAUGAGUAAUAAUGAAAACGCGGCAAAGCGCAAUAAAAACAACGACGACGACAGCAAUAAAAACAACAAAGUGACAACAAGUGUUGACGGCAAGCGCAUUUGAGCCGCGCGCAGCAACUGCCGUGGCAGGCAAGGCAAUAAAUCGACUAAGAAAUAUAGCAAAUAAAGCGUCAAGCCGUAUCAUAAUUAACAAAGGCGGCGGCAAAGAAGAGACAUAAAGACAACAGCAGUGCCAGAGAAGACCCAAACCAACGAAUUUCAUAGCAACAAAACAGCAGAGUGGCAACGGCAGUCAGCUGAAGCUAAAGCAAGCGGCACGGCAGCAAAUCAGAAGACAGUGUUAGUUGAACGUUGCGAUAUAUUAGUUGUUAUAUACGCUAUAACAGCAAUAUUACAACAACAAUAGGGAUAAGGAAACAACAGGAUAUGAAAAUAACCGUUAUAUGUCGCUAUACAAUGACGCUGCGAACAAUUGCAACGAUGCUUUAGUCGAGCGAUAAAACAAUAUACAUAGAUUUUCCACACAGACGCUUCGAUGGCGCGUCAAUAACCGCUACUUGGUGUUUUGAGUGUAUGUGUGUAUGUGUGCUUAAUACAGCAACUUGAUGCAACCCUGCAGUGUGUGUGCAGAGUCAUGUCGGAGGCAUAACAGCAAAGCGCGCUAAAUCUAAUUAUCCGCUACCAUGACUUUACGUGGCAAGCAGCACUAUAAUAACAACAAGAACAACAACAAUAACUUCCACUAACAUCACAACAAAAGCGAUUAACGUUAGUACAGCGCUAAAGCCCAGCCGCUAAGGCAGCAAGCAAGCAAAAUUGCUCACCCGAUUGCCGUCAAGUGGCGCAGCAACUAAGUAGUCGUUUGAAUAACAAACAAAAACAACAAAAACAGCAACAAUUGUAACUACUGUACAACAAGCAGACAACAACAUUUUGCCAAAGACAAAGCACAAAAAUCUUGCGCUUCAUUGCGCUCAGCGCAGCCAUAGCGAGCACACAUACUUAGAGAAAUGCACACAUACAUGCAUAUACAACACAUAUGUGUCUAUUUAGCCGUUCAUUAGACAAGCGUAGUCAGUCAGUGAGAUUACAGUGCUGCAUGAACGGUGCAUGUGUGCGCUGUUGAGCCCGUGCUCUCGUUGUUAGCAAGCGCGUGUGGGUGUCUGUUCUAUUCAGCGAUCGUCUAUUGUUGUGUCGUCUGCAUGUGGCUGAAAUGUGCUGUCAUUAAUGCAAUUUGCUGCAAAGCGGAAAUAGUUGACGGAAAUUAAACGGCCACUUAAGUUCCGGUGUAAAGUGAUGCCAUUCAAUUGGUGCAGCGCGCAGCAACAAUAACCGCAACGACAACAACAGCAACAGCGACUGAAAACUGUUUGCGGUAUUAAUAAUUGUUUGAAUGCUUACAAUAGAAUAUACUAUAAAAACAAGUAGUUGGCUGUCAGAAUAUGACAAAAAAUAUGUGAAUUGGCAGCAUUGAUAAAAUUUGAAGCUCGGUGAGCUUUUCGCUAAAAAAAUUUUGGCACAGAGAGUUUGAUUUGUCUAGACAAAAAAUCAAUUACUUGACAGUGAUCGAAUUGCUGUGAAAUAGCUGCCAAAAUGGGCUUGAAAAUAUUUACUGGAAUUAAAAAUUAUGUCAAUGGAGUUACUUUAGAAAAUUCAGACAACGGAUCGAAGCCAAUUGGAUUUAUAUGAAAGCUUCAGAGAGUGAUCUACAAGCUUAAAGUUAAAAUUUAUGCAGUUUAGGAAACCAUGAAAGCUUAAUAAAAGUUUAGUGAAAGCUCAAAAAGCUUUAAAAACUGUAUUGAAAGCUUUCUGUGUAAUUCUUUUGGUACAAAGUAUUUUAGAAACUGAAACUUUGAAAAUCCUCAAAGCUUCAAGAGCUCAAUAAAAGCUUAAAAAUCGAAGAAAGCUCUUUAGUAAAAUCAGAAAGUGAAUAGCAGCUAAUUAGAUUUAGCUGAAGGCUUCAGAGAGUAAUAGCCAAGUUUAAAGCUCAAAUUAAUGCAGAUUAAAAGUUCAUAAAAGCUUAAAAAAGCUUUGGUGAGAGCUCAAAUAGCCAUUAAACUGUAUUUAAAGCUUUCUGUAUAUAUUCGACACUAAAAUUGCAAUUACUUCUGGUGCAAAGUGUGUAAGUAACUAAAGGUGACGAAAAAUCGUGAAAGCUUGCGAAAGCUCCAAAAGCUCAAAAAUCGAUUAAAGCACGUUAGAAUACACCAAACCAUGCUUACGAACUAACACAUAUUUUUGAAGUAAAAUCUCUGUAAUUUGCGGCGUUUGGCAUAACUAAGCAGUGCUCAACCAAAAAGCUUUAAGAGAAGGAAACAAAACAUUUUAUGAAAGAAAAUAAAACAGAAGAGCAUAUUAGCUGCUGUGAAUUAAGCUACAAAUAUAAUGUACAAAACAGCAUAACGUGAAGAAAACGUGCAAAAUUUAAAGCUUUGCUGAAAAGCUUCGAGAUUAUGCCCCAAAUAACUCAGCUGUGGUGAAAUAGGUAGUUAAUGAAACGAAAAAACUCAAAAACUACAAAAAGAUAGCUAAAUUAAUUGUGAGAUAAUUACAAAACUGAAAAAGCUUAAAGCUCUAUGUUGGAAGAAAAAACUCUCAAAUUGAUAUUAAAUUGAAGUCUCAACAAAAAAAAGAAGCACAAAUUAAUUCCAAAUUACACACGUACACGAAGAGGAAAAAAAUUAUCCAGCUUAACAACUUUUAAUACAACCACACCCAUACGACAAUUACGCGUGCAGUUAAUUAAAUAUUUUAUUUGCUUCUUCAGCCCAUACCUUCCACAAGUUUAUAUUACAUUCACACUGCGACGAAAAGUUUCUCACCUGUCACGGCUGAUUUGCUGCAGCUCCGCUCACCCUUAAUAUCGGCCAAGAACAACGCUGCUUACUUUAAUCUUAUACCGUUAAUUUGCUGCCUCCCUCUCCCACCAAAAGUUAAGCUCGACUCUCUCUCCCACUGAUGACCGCCGCUAAACGACGCGCAAGCAGUGGCGCGACAAAUAACAACAAUAACAAUAAUGAUACGGAUGAAUAUCGUGAACAGCAACAACAUCUGUUACAACAUCCACAACAACAAUAUCAUAGUACACAACAACGUUACCAUUUCCAGUAUCAGCCAGAGCAGCAACAUCAGCAACAACCACAACAACAACAGCAACAACAGUUUUCGCAUCAGUCCGCAUCGCAUUCAGCAUAUCAUCAGGAAAAUCACCAGUCAAAUCAACAACAACAACAGCAUCAACAGGAACAGCGACAACAAACAUCACUGCUGCGUGAUUGUUCGGUGAAAUUGCCUCUGGAUAUUCUAUGGUUACCAAAAUCUGCAAUGCGGCCAGUGGGGCCUGACGCCUCGCACACCGACUGCAUACUGGUUGUUGGUGUCUCCCGUCCGAAAUUAGCUGUAGUCUUUCUAACAGUUAUGUUAAUAUCACUAUUCCUCACCUUUCAUGUACUCUACGAUAGCGCCGUAUAUAAUAUACAAGCAGCACAAGUCCUCACCGAACGCCAUCGGCUACGUUUGCUGAGCAGUGCGGGCGGUAGUGGUGGCGGUAGCGCUGGCGCUAAUAACAUCAACAAUAAUCAUUUGCCGGAAUUCAUCAAACCCGCCGCGGCGGCUGUGGCUGCGGCAGCAGCUUUGGCUGCUGUACCCUCCUCGAAUCAGAUUAGUCAUCCAAUGGUGUUUCCUUCGAACCGUGUGCAUUUUCCGAAAACGAGCCGACGACUGCCGCAGGCUCUCAUUAUCGGCGUUCGAAAGUGUGGCACACGCGCUCUCCUAGAAAUGCUGUAUCUUCAUCCUCGCAUACAAAAAGCCGGUGGUGAAGUUCACUUCUUCGAUCGUGAUGAGAACUACAUGAAGGGUUUGGAGUGGUAUCGCAAGAAAAUGCCACACUCGUUUCGUGGACAAAUUACGAUCGAAAAGAGUCCCAGUUACUUCGUGUCGCCAGAGGUGCCGGAACGUGUGCGCGCCAUGAAUGCCAGCAUAAAACUUUUGCUCAUUGUACGUGAACCGGUGACAAGGGCCAUUUCUGAUUACACACAAUUACGAAGUCACGCGGCCACGGCCACGCUGCCGCUAGCCGAUGGACCCGCAGCAGCGCCACCCUCACCAGCGACCGCUAAAUACAGCGCCAACAGCUAUCAGCGACGACGCGGCCGCGCCAUCGAUGCAGCCGGCUCCGGCUAUGGACCGGGCGCGAGCUAUACGAACCAACAGCUGCGCGCGUCCCAGCAUAUGGCACUCUAUGGCAAAACGAGCAAGUCCUAUGCAGCAGCACAAGUGUAUGAUAAUGCAAUCGGUGGCGGCGGCGGUGGUGGCGGCGAUGAGGGUGGUGGUGCGGCACGGAUUCGUAUUGGUGAAUCCGCGCACACAACGGCGCCAACGCCUGGCUCGGCGGCCGCAGCAGCAGCAGCAGCUCAAAUUGCAAGCAAAUCAUUCGAGGAGCUAGCCAUAUUCCCCAAUGGCACGGUUAAUGAGUCCUAUCGUCCGCUAACCAUAUCUCUAUAUCAUUUGCAUUUGCAUCGUUGGCUGGAAGUCUUCCCGCGUGAGCAAUUACUCGUUGUCAAUGGUGAUCGAUUAAUUGAGGACCCCGUUUCGCAAUUGAAGCGCAUCGAAACGUUCUUAGGCAUCGAGCAUCGUGUGACCAACAGUCAUUUCUACUUCAACGAGACAAAAGGCUUCUACUGUUUGCGUUACGACAGCGGUGACCGAUGCUUACGCGAAACGAAAGGACGCAAGCAUCCACAUGUUGAUCCUGUGGUCGUGUCCAAAUUGCGAAAGUUCUUUGCCGAGCAUAAUCAACGAUUCUAUGAAUUGGUUGGUGAGGAUCUUGGCUGGCCGGAAGAGUAGGCUGCACACAAACACACACACUGAAAGGAACAACUACUAAAAAGGACACUGUGUAGUUGCGUAUGUGUGCGUGUGUGUGCGUGGAGGUGUGACUAGAGCAAUUGCAGGACAAUCGCUUAACGGUUAGCACAUGCACCCACACACACACCUACACACAUUUGCGCUGCUACGUUUGUGUGGUGUGUGAAAACAAGGAGCGCCACCUGAAAGCGGCCACAAAGUGAGACCAGCAAUUGGCGACCAACAGUAGCUGUAAUUGAGAAUUAAGGACUGAUGGGAAAACAAAUUUCAGUUAAUUAAUUAAUUUUAAUACACAAAAACAUAUAAAUAUUAUACAGUUCAUCGCAGGUAUGUAAAUUACACACACAUGUACAUUCAUAAGUAACAAAUACUUAUUUACGAUAAAUAAUUUUAAGCUUAAGUCGAGUUAUAGUUAUUCUACAGAGCGAUCUACACACAAACACAAAAGUUGCAACAUUAAGUUUAAAAUUUAAGUAUUUCUUUUAAGCAAAAGUCGGCAUGUGUCAGUAAGUGUCAGUGUAUGCGUGUUCGUGCGUUAACGAUUUCCUGUCGGCGCGCCUGUGAAUUCUGUGCAAUGAACCUUUGCUCGGGCAUAAAAAGCGCAUAUACAUAUGUAUGUGAUGUGCUGAAAAAGUAAGUUGCAAUGUAAACAAAUAUGUUUAUGUGUAUGUUUGUAUAUAAAUUUCCGCGUAAACGGGUAUAUAAAUGAUUCAGGCAGUCAUGCGGAAAGUAAACAGGAUAUUUGCAGUGUAAAAAUUUAAUUCAAAAAAAUUUUUUAAAGUUUUUUUAUUUAAAAAUUAAACAAAAAUAGUUGUAUUUUUCAUGGCAUAUCAUCAAAUAUGUUUAUUUUUAUUAAGGAAGAGGUUCUAUUCGUAAUUUUUUCAGAUUUGUAUUUUUGGUGUAACUUUUGCUUCUUAUAUAAAGGCAAAAAAUAAUAAGACUUUGUGCAUAAUUUUUAAAAUCUAAUUUUAUUCUUCAAAAUCUAUGUCGGCAUCCUCAAAGUAAUCCCCCUUAGCUCUAAUACACUGAUGACAAACAAACGAAAAACUAACGAAGAAUCAAAGCAGUAGGCGACGGUGCAUUGUCGUAGUACAAAAGCCAAGAGUUGUUUGCCCAUAAUUCCGUCCUCUUUUUACGAAUAUCUUCGUGCAAAUGAUGCACAAGAGUCAAAUAGUAUUCCUUGUUAACAGUUUGACCGGUCGAAAGGAAUUCGGAGUACACCACACCUCAAUAAUCGAAGAUAACAGUCAACAAAACUCUGAUUUUUCACCUGAUUUGACUUGGUAUUUUCGGUUGCGGCUCACGUUUGCUACGAUAAUCCUACGAUUGAUCGUCUGUUCCCGGAUUGUAAGCAUAGAUCCAAGAACGCCAAUAAUAAUACGUUUUGUGACAUUUUAGUAGUCGGAAAGCAUUUUUUCACAGACGUUAAUGAGACGCUGUUUUUCGAAAACAUUCACUGAUUUUGGACCUAAACGUGUUUUCACUUUUCUUAGGCCCAAAUUAACUAUCAAAAUGGUUUUCACUGAUCCUUUCGAUAAUCCAACAAUGCCAGUAAAAUCUCAGACUGUUAAUCGUCGGUUUUCAAGCACAAAUUCCUUUAUUUUAUUGCCGUGUUGAUCAUCAGUAUAUAUUGAUAUCCGUCCUGGUCAUGGCUCGUCAACGCAUUAUCGACCUUCUUCGAAUGAUUUGUUCCCUAGUAAGACAGCAAUAAGAAUAACAAAUUAUCUUACUUCUAAAUUAUAAGGAGCUCGAAAGUUCAAAAUAUGAAGAGGAAACCGAUAGUUAAGCUUAAAACUUCAUUCACGACCAUAUUUUCAAAUAAACUGGGAUUUAAAAAUUUCCAAAAAAAAAUGUUCAGCAAUGUGUUAUUUUUGGAGACGUAGAAAUUUCCAAAGAAAUAGCAGUCAAAUCAGCGCUAUUAAUACAUAUAUUUGACCUUACUACUCUAUACACUUUCGGAAGUCACUAACAUGAGCUUACAGCGGGACGUGUUCUUCGGGCUCUCUUACAUACCUGUUCCAAUUGGAGGUUACUUCUGUCAUCAAUGAUUCACGACUUUUUGGUUCCUCAUAUGAUAAUAUCUAUUCUUAGUAUUAAAGAGCGUUGAAAUCAUAAUA